AGUGGUAGUGCGCAGUGUCAGACCGGGCCAGCAGCAGGAGCAGGAGCGACGCAUCAUCAUCUCACGUCUUUACGCACACUGGAUGGACGGAGGCAGGCAGAGACCCCGGUCGAGGAUGAUGCUCACACCGGCUCAGGAGGGCUCUUUCUCGGGGUUUGUUUAUCAGGUGCCGGUGGUUUGAUCGCCGGUGCUGGUGUAAAAUGCCCUGGAGGAGCCCGGAUGUGCUGGUCGGCCUAGCUGAGCUCGGCUGCUGCUGCUCGCCAUCAUCAUCGCCUCUCCCAUUUCUAUUCUAGUAUUUUUUUUUUUUUUUUUAUUGUAGCGUUUUUAUUUCCAGGUCAAAAAUCUCAGUUUCCUGUGCGGCUUGUGUGCACUAAAGAUGGCCGGAGAUGGCGGCGCUCUGAAGGAUAUCAAUGAGAUUAAAUCCCAGUUUCGGACCAGAGAGGGCUUCUACAAGCUGCUCACCCUCUCGGACUCGCAGCAGCGGGGCGGCCUGCCGCGGGGUCCGUCCUCCGGAGCCACGCUGGGCCCAGGGGCUGGACCCGGUCCGAUACCCGGCGGAGGGGUCGGGCUGCUGCAGGGGCCCGGGGCUGCAGCCGCCGCCGCCGCCGCUGCCGCCGCCGCCGCCGCCUCCUCAUCCAAUGCCGCAGCCAACUCCUCUCCUGCGGGCUUCCUGCCGCCGGUCCGGGUCUCCAUGGUCAAGCUGCAGCCCGAAGACCCGAGCGAGGAGUCGGAGCGGGUGUGCUUCAACAUCGGCAGGGAGCUUUAUUUCUACACGUACACCAACAUCAAGAAGGCUGUCGACCUCAGUAAACCCAUAGACAAAAGAAUCUACAAGGGGACGCAGCCGACGUGUCACGACUUCAACCAGUACUCGGCCACGGCGGAGAGCGUCGCUCUCAUCGUGGGCUUCUCGGCCGGACAGGUUCAGUACCUCGACCCCAUCAAGAAGGAGACCAGUAAACUCUUCAAUGAGGAGAGGUUGAUAGACAAAUCAAAGGUGACGUGUCUAAAAUGGCUUCCCAAGUCGGAGAAUCUGUUCCUGGCGUCGCACGCCAGCGGUCACCUCUACCUCUACAACGUGGAUCACCCGUGCGGCACCACGGCGCCGCAGUACUCUCUGCUGCGGCAGGGCGAGGGCUUCGCCGUCUACGCCUGCAAAACCAAGACGCCGCGCAACCCCUUGUUACGAUGGGCGGUGGGCGAAGGCGGCUUAAACGAGUUCGCCUUCUCCCCGGAUGGCGUGCACGUGGCGUGCGUGGGCCAGGACGGCUGCCUGCGCGUCUUCCACUUCGACUCCAUGGAGCUGCAGGGCGUGAUGAAGAGCUACUUCGGCGGGCUCCUUUGCGUUUCGUGGAGUCCCGACGGGAAAUACCUCGCCACGGGGGGCGAGGACGACCUGGUGACCGUGUGGUCGUUCGCAGAGAGCCGCGUGGUCGCCAGAGGUCACGGACACAAGUCGUGGGUCAACGUGGUCGCGUUUGACCCUUUCACGACCUCCCUGGAGGACGAGGAGCCGAUGGAGCUCAGCGGCAGCGAGGAAGACCUCCACCAGGGGGCGCCGAAUAACUCCAUGCACUUUGGCCGGGUCAGAACGAGCAGCACGUUGUCGCGUCUUUCUCGCCACAGCUCUAAAGGAGGCGGCUCGGCGUCCGUCACGUACCGGUUCGGCUCGGUGGGACAGGACACGCAAUUCUGUCUUUGGGACUUGACGGAUGACAUUUUAUACCCUCGCCUGCCGCUGACCCGCGCCUUCACUAACACUUUCGGGCCCUCGCUGUCCAACUCGGGCAGCGUGGCGGUCAACAGCACCUCGGUAGUGGGGGGAGGGACCGGAGGGGUGGAGGGGCACCAUCACCCGCCCAACACUAACACGGGCACCGCCAACCCCCCGACCCUCCCCCUGCCGCUCCCUCGCUCGCUUUCUCGCUCCAACUCUCUGCCCCACCCCGCCGUGGCGAACGCCUCCAAAGGUCAGGGCGCGACAGAGGGCAGCACGGGAGGCGGCGGCGGCGGAGGAGGCGGGAGCAGCAAUGUAGGAAACAGCACGCCGUUUAGCAUCGGCCGCUUCGCCACGCUGUCUCUGCAGGAGCGCAAGUCGGACAAGUCGGGCUCCGGCAGCGGCGUGGAGAAGGAGCACAAGCGGUACCACAGCUUGGGCAACAUCAGCAAGAGCAACGACAAGAUCAACGUGGCGCCGCGGAGCAACCGGCUGGACGCCGCCAAGGUCCUGGGCACCACGCUGUGCCCGCGCAUGCACGAGGUGCCGCUGCUGGAGCCGCUGGUGUGCAAGAAGAUCGCACACGAGCGGCUCACCGUCCUCGUGUUCAUGGACGACUGCAUCAUCACGGCGUGCCAAGAGGGGCUCAUCUGCACCUGGGCGCGGCCGGGGAAGGCGAACCUGACAGCACAGAACGGGAACUCUCCGAGCGGCACGGUGGUAUAGCUGGAGGAGAAGCUUUGCACUCUCCCCUCCCUCCCUCCCUCCCUCCCUCUGUCUCCUCCUCCCUCAUCCUUCAUCUUCUCACAGUCCAACAAAGUCUCCAGUGAUCCUCAAACAUGUCGAAUUAGGGGCCAAAAACCUGGAGACCGUCCUCUACCUACCACUUCAGUAUUAUCCCAUCAGUAUAACCCUCUGUACCACGCCAUGACCCCGAGCACAGCGGACUUUACUCUCAUGGUGGCUCGAUCAGUAGGAAACACUUCCUGAAUUAUUCACAUGUGGAAAAAAAAUAAAAACAGUACUGCAACAUAUUUAUAACUUUUACAGAGUUAGCUGGACUUAAAUAUGCUUAAAUCUAGUAAAGAGGCUAUCUAACAUACUUUUCUAUGUAUAAAAGCCUGACCAAUAAGAGUUGAACUGGUCAAAGUGAGAGGAUUUUAAUGGGCACCUACCAACCUUUUAGAAACAACUUUGAUGCAACAUCAGAUUUAAAGUCUUUCUAUGUGAUUUUUCACACUUAAAUGUAGAAAUCAAGUAUCUCCUCUGAAAAUAACUCUGUGAGUCAUGACUGUCUACAAUGGGUGUAACACCCGAGUCCCACUGUCUGUGAUGUUUUCAGAGUUUUCAGAGUCCUAUCUUCACUUUGUUUACAUCGCCAGGACGGCCGGCUGACUCCUCCCCUCGUGAAUAAAAGUUGUUUAAUUGAGCGACUAGAGAAAAGAAGAAUAACAUACUGUACUCACUGCUUAACUGUGUUUCUAGAUCACGCUCAUUUCAGGUAAAUUUACAUGCAGUGUGAAGAUACGAGCAUAAUAAAGAUCACUAGCAUUAGCAUGCUAACACAACAAUACAGCGCAAGUUGUUUUGGUUUCAUGCUGGAGCUCAAGGGCGACAUCUGCUGGAUCAAAAAAUCACAUAUAAAACCUUAAAGGAUAAAAAAGUGUUUCCUUUAUCUCUCCAGGAACAAACCUGAAAUGCUAAAUGUCUGAUUCCUGAUGUUCUCAUGGUGUUUAGGACAGAGCAACACGUGGAUAUGGUUCAGGGAGGGUUUCCCACCUCGUGCCACUGUGGGAAUAAAGUUCACUCCCAGUGCGUCGGCCCCCUCGCCUUCACUACACGCCUCCUCAGUAUUUCUCUGCAGAAACGACUGCAUCAGACAGGCAGAGAUCGUUUUAUCCUCUCCCAUCUGCAAACCCUUCACCCCAUCCCUCCUGUCUUAACCCCUCAUGCAAAGACACUGCAAAAAGCCACGGCCGUUCUAUUUAAGUUAUUUAUUUUAUCACGAGACUGUGUAGUAAUUUAUAAUGUAAAUACUGAAAAUACUCUAUAAAUACAAAAUGGACAAAUGUGUAUGGAAACAAAGACUUGACAGCAAGGAAGAGAAGAAAAAAAAUAGAGGAGAGAAGAAGAAUAUUAAUAUAUGAAGAUCCUUCUAUUGUACAUAGCAACCACAGUUAAAAAAUGGAAUGUCUGCCGUUUUAGGGAACUUGAAGAUGUCAAUGUGUUUUUAUUUUGUGUGAUAGAGGUUCUCCAGUUUGUCCCCUGCGAACGCGUGAGGUUUAAAGCAUUUUGGGGUCCAGAGUAACUUUUCAGACGAGCUGAGUCGAGCACAGAGAGCAACAUUCAAAAAGCGGCUGCUGGCUGUACAUCUGAGCUGAAGUUAAUACGUCUGAAUGAUCAUAUUUCUGCUGAAUAUCAAGUGCAGACAAAACAGCAUCUUAAUGAAUAACCUGCUCACGAACAAACACACACACACUAGUGCACAUUCCCAACACACACACACACCUACACACACACACACAAUCAUGUCAUGGUGUAGCAUCUUGUAUUCUGUGUCUUGGACUCCAUGUUGCACCUGAAUUGCCUCUUGCAAGAAUUUGCACAUACAAUAACUCCACAGUUAAUUAGUUUAAUCUGACCUCUGUGCAGAAACAGCUCCUACGACUCAUCAUUCACUGGGUAUGUUUCGGUUCAGAGGAUUGAAAAUGUGUAGGUCCUUUCUUAUUUUGCAUCCUUUUUUUUAAGAAUAGGAAUUCUCCCUCUUGUACAGAAGCCAUGAGAGAACAGAUGCAGCUCUUUUGUUCCCCCUUUUUUUAAUUUCCUUGCUUUAUUCUUUUGGGAAACAAAAACACAACGUUUGCCAAAAUUUCAGUAUUCAUUGAAAUACUGCUUUGCAGGCUGUUUAAACCAAGAGGCAAGCUCCAAUGUUGACAAGCGAAGCCGAUGCACAAGUCAAAAAAAACUGUAGUUCCUCGAAUGCCCACUUGAAGCAGGCUCCAAAAACAAAGGAAUCCCCCUAAGACCUCAUGCUCCCUCACUGCAGAAUUUAACAUGUUUGUAUCCUGGCCUGAAAAACUCCUCCAGUCCUAUAGCUCCUCUCUGCACUGGAAAAAAAUGUACAAGGAGUCGACCCUUCUAAAUCUCAUCUGUCCAGACCAUAUCAAGGCUACGAGCUAACCAGGGCUAACAAGGGGCGUGUCCUAACUGACUGACAGGAGAACCUGCUGCUACUGCCCCACUCGAGCCAAAUGUCGUUACUGACCCCAAAAAAUCAGUUUAAAUGUAUUUCACUCCUCGUUUUAAGACUAUUAUUUUGUUUGCAACUUUUACUUCUUUUUUUUUACUGUUAAAAAAACUGGCUGUUUGUUGUUGUUAAACUAAUUUUGGCAUCUGAGCAUAUGUCACAUGUCUUUGUGUAAACUCCUGUCCAAAAUGUUUAAAACAUGAUGCAUAUGUGAUGAUCGGCCCAAAAAAUGCUUCCAGGCAUGUUAAAUAACAAUAAUGUGUUGAACUCAUAUCUGAUUCUUUAUGGCGCUAACCCUGUUUCUGAUUAUCAACACACCAUCGCUCUCCUCUUCUAGAAAACAUCGACUGAAGAGACAAAGUUCUGCAUGAUGUUUUCCUUCCUUACACGUGCCUCUUCGUCUUGGCUAAAACAAACCACUGACUGUCUGUACAUGUAUGUUCAGAGCCAGUGGAAGGCUUAUGGUGCAGCGGUCCAGCAGUAUUUAUAAUCGCCCUUUAUGUCAGGAACUUUUUUGUGCCACCUGUCUGACAGCUAUAAAUAGCAAGAGAGAAAAACAUCCAGGAUUGCAGGAGCCAAGGUUACACCCUUGUUUCUCUGCACUGUGUGUGUGUGUGUGUGUGUGUGUGUGUGUGUGUGUGUGUGUGUGUGUGUGUGUGUGUGUGUGUGUGUGUGUGUGUGUGUGUGUGUGUGUGUGUGUGUGUGUGUGUGUGUGUGUGUGUGUGUGUGUGUGUGUGUGUGUGUGUGUGUGUGUGUGUGUGUGUGUGUGUGUGUGUGUGUGUGUGUGUGUGUGUGUGUGUGGGUUAUUGUUGCAGGCAGCCCAUAUAUACUCAGCCCCGUUGUCAUAGCAACAGCAUGACUCGCUGAGCAAAUCUUGAAUGAGCUCAUGAAGCUGUGGGGGUCAACCUCAGCAUUAGGGCUAAAUUAAUGCUUCACUACCAUCAAACGUCUGAGAGGGGAAAACCACAUCUAAAUAAUUCAUCAACGAUUUGAUCAAAUGCUCCUAAAACACCUUCACUGAACACAGACACAUUUAAAAGUUUACAUUUCUGCAGGCUGAUUGUGCAGCUUUCUUUCUUAAACAAAUGUAACCUCCUAUCGGACUGCUCGUUUUGUUCUUUGUUUGGUCCCUCUAUCGUGUGAAGCGACCUUGGGUCCCUUAAAAGGCGCUCUUUAAAUCCAGUCAAUUAUAAUUUUAUUAUUUUUCCUGUGAAGUUAAAAAACAGAUUUUUGUUUGUUCUUCACUCUGUGACAUUAACUCACACACCUGAUCUCAGUCUGGAGCAAACUUUUCACCUUCCAUGAGGAGACACAGACGAGCGUGAAGAACACACUUCUCUUUGCAACUAAACACCUGUAGUUAAAAUCCACGUCUCCCCUCUUCUAUUUGCUGCAUCUAUGAGCAGAAAGAACAAAAGAAAACUAAAAGAAAAAUAAAGAAAUGAGCCGAAACAGUGUUUAAGAAUAACCUCAGAAUCCACACUUUCCUCUUUGAGUCUCAUUCUGCACAAAAAAACUUCUCAAACCUUUCAGCACCACGGGAACAAAAGUCACUCCAGACACAGUAUGUUGUUCAGUUUGUUUUCAUUUUUAUUGUUUUAUUUCAAAUCUAUUUUUCACUUUUUUUUUAGAGUGCAUGUGUGUACGUCUCUCUACACUAUCACCACACAGUUAACACACCCACAUAUGCACUUAAACACACACACAGACACACACACACACACACACCAUAUCAUCACUAACGCUUUCACAAACCUUAUGCCUGAUCCGGUGGAGGUAAAAGGCAGAAUGACAUCACUGUUUGUAUAUGGAGAUCUGUUAUUAAAACGUUAAACCUGAAACAACUGAGUGUGUAUUCAUGUCAGUGUGUGUGUGUGUGUGUGUGUGUGUGUGUGUGUGUGUGUGUGUGUGUGUGUGUGUGUGUGUGUGUGUGUGUGUGUGUGUGUGUGUGUGUGUGUGUGUGUGUGUGUGUGUGUGUGUGUGUGUGUGUGUGUGUGAAUAAAU